AACACACCACUCCUUCUCUUCCCAACCCCCUCUCUCCAUCUCCAUCACUGUCAAGCAAGGGGAGCACCAAGAAAGAGGAGAGGAGAGGGGAGGAGGAUGGAGCUGGAUGAGCAGGCCUUCUUGGAGGAGCUCUUCUCGCUGAGGAGGGACGCCACGGCGUGGGAGUGCAAUGCCAUGGGGGACUUCUUCUCCCCGGCAUGCGGGGCCGCCGCCAUGGGUGACUGCUUCCAGGACCGCCACCAGCCCACCGUCAGCGUCCUGCCCACCUUCACCGCCUCCUACGACCCGCAGCAUCAACAGCACCAGCAGGCGGGUGUGGGGUUCGACUGCCUCAGCGAGGUCUACGGCGGAGCCACGCCCUUCGCCAAUGCCGUCGCCGGCGGGUACGGCGAGAUGGGGUUCCUCGGCGCGAUGGACCCCAAGGCGGCGGCGGAGGGGACGGCCGGCCUCGGCGCCUGCAAGGUGGAGCCCGGGCUGGCGGCGGGGGCGGACGGCGGCCCGUUCGGCCAGGGCCAGAUGUCGGCGGCGCCGGCGUCGAGGAAGAAGCGGGUGGAGGGCAUGCCGUCCAAGAACCUGAUGGCCGAGCGCCGCCGCCGGAAGCGCCUCAACGACCGCCUCUCCAUGCUCCGGUCCGUCGUUCCCAAGAUCAGCAAGAUGGACAGGACGUCGAUCCUGGGGGACACCAUCGACUACAUGAAGGAGCUGCUGGAGAGGAUCCGGCGGCUGCAGGAGGAGAUGGACGGACCGGAGGCGGCGGCGGCGGCGGCGCCGCUGCUGAGCGUGUUCCGGGAGCUCAACCCCAACGAGAUGCUCGCCAGGAACACCCCCAAGUUCGAGGUGGAGCGCAAGGAGGGGGAGGAGGGCGACACCCGGGUGGAGAUCUACUGCGCGGCCAAGCCGGGGCUGCUGCUGUCGACGGUGAGCACCCUGGACACGCUCGGCCUCGACAUCCAGCAGUGCGUCGUCAGCUGCUUCAACGACUUCGCCAUGCACGCAUCCUGCUCCGAGAUGCAGAGGGAGAUGAUGAGCGCGGACGCCAUCAAGCAGGAGCUGUUCAAGAACGCCGGCUACGGAGGCGGCUGCUUGUAGAGAGACGGGCAAGAAGCAGCAGCAGCACCAUGACCACCAUGACCAGCAGCAGGAGAAGCAGGAAGGAUAAUAAAGUAGAAGUAGCUGUAGCUGUAGCAGUAGCAGUGAGUAGAAUUAGCACUUAGCAGCUGGUAGCAGCAGUGGCGAAAAAGGCCGGGCAAAAGAUUCGGGAGAGGCCCUUUUUUUCCGCAGACGAUAGCCGCCGUGUCGCUCGCCGUGAUCAAAAUUCUCUCCUGUUAACAACAACAAAGAUCGGCGAGCGCCUUUCCGAUGAUUGAUUGACGACGACGAUGA